CAAAAAACGUCGUGAUUUCAUCGAAGAGGUCGAUGAAGAUGACCCGCUAAUCGGACAUUAUAUACCUCACCAUGGUGUGAAGAAAGAUUCCGUGACAACACCGAUACGAGUUGUUUACGACUGUUCAUGUAAACAAGGUGCAGACUACCCCAGUUUGAAUGAAUGUCUUCAAGCUGGACCAUCGCUCAUUAACGACUUGCCGGCCAUUUUAUUGAGGUUUCGUGGCAACCGGAUUGCUUUAACAAGUGACAUUGAAAAGGCCUUCUUAAACGUGAGGCUCGAUAUAGACGACAGGAAAUUUACUAAGUUUUUAUGGUUAACCGACGUUAAUGACCCGAAUUCCGAUUUCAAAGUAUAUCGCUUCAAGACUGUACUAUUUGGAGCCGUUUGCUCGCCUUUUAUUCUUAAUUCGGUAAUUAAGACACAUCUCGAGAACAAUAACAAUAUACCUACCGCGCUGAACAUGAGUAAUAAUAUUUAUGUUGAUGAUGUUAUUGAUGGCACUGACACAGAAGAAAGCGAAGCCAAUAAGUUAAUGGAUUCCGGCGGUUUUAAAUUACGUGCAUGGUCCUCAAACAGUCAACAAGUUAUGGAUCUCGCCGAAAAGGAUAACAUACAUGAGCCAUCUAAGAAUGUAUCUAUUCUAGGAAUACGGUGGAAAAUCGACGGAGAUGUGCUGACAUACAAUAAGGCGGUUAAACCAAUAUUAACAGAACUCGCCACAAAACGAGAUGUGGUGAGCUACGCAUCGUCACUAUAUGAUCCAAUAGGAUAUUUAUCACCUGUGCUCAUCAAAGCUAGGCUUUUUAUACAGCUUUUAUGGAAAUUAGGUUUCUCCUGGGAUGAGCCACUUACCACCGAACUUACCACACAAUGGAUCAAAAUAGCAGAGAAUAUGAGAGAAACACGGAACAUUACUGUGAAACGUCAAUAUUUCACAGAAAAUGAUCCACAAUCUAAAGUUGAUGUUCACGCCUUUGCCGACGCGAGCUCUGUGGGAUAUGGAGCGAUUGUUUACAUAACAAACCAGCGUGAAACUGCCUUUGUGACGGCGAAGACCCGCGUCGCCCCCAUGACUGAAAUCGCACUUCCAAGAUUGGAAUUAAUGGCCGCUUUAAUUGCAUCCAGACUUACUAAGUUUGUCAUCACAGCACUGUCAGGCAAAUUCAACAUUAACAAUUGUUACUUGUGGUCUGACAGCCAAAUUGUACUUCAUUGGUUAAACAGUGAUAAGAAGUUACCUAUAUUCGUACGAAAUCGUGUUAAGGAGAUCAACGAAAUCUACAAAUAUGUGCCGACAUUGGAUAACCCUGCUGACUUACUAACACGGGGAAUUACAUGUGCUGAAUUGAUCAACUCCAAUAUAUGGUGGAAUGGACCAUUAUGGUUGAACACUCCUAAUGAGUGGCCCACUUGUGAAAUGUUCGAUAUCACAAUAUUACAUGCAGUGCUCGAGAGAGAAAACCGUGACUUACUGAGUGAUUCUGCGUUCACUGAAACCGAAACUAACAUUUCCCGCCAACGAGAAAUAGUUAUGGAUAAUGACUAUAAUAAGGAAAUCGAAUCUCAAGAAAUCGGUUUACACACAGUUAUUGACAUUUCCAGGUACAACUCAAUCGACAAAUUACUACUUGUAACCGCAUACGUAAUGCGAUUCAUUUCCUGCGUAAAGAAGGCUGACACAAUUAACACUGGAUUAAUAACCGCCGAUGAGUUAAAACGAGCCGAACACGUGUGGAUUUUAAACGUUCAACAACAGGAAUUCAGAGAUACAAUUCAUGAAUUGAAAACAAAACACACCAAACUAGGACCUAUUGUACAACAACUCGGUCUAUUUAUAGACGAAGAAGACGUCCUUCGAUGCGGAAGUCGGAUCCAUAACGCACCCAUUGAAUUUGUAACGAAAUUUCCGACAUUACUACCUUCUAAUCACGAACUGACUAAGUUAAUCGUUUUGAAGGCGCAUUCAUUGAUUUUGCACGGAGGAGUCCAAUCCACUGUGACUCAAAUUCGCCAACAAUACUGGAUUCCGCGAAUUCGACAAAUUGUACGCAGUAUUCUUCGUGGUUGUGUAACAUGCCGACGAGUUGAAGGGAAAGCAUACGCCAAUCCUGUACAAGCUCCACUGCCAAGCUAUCGUGUGAAUAAAUUGCCUGCUUUCACAAUCACCGGCGUGGACUUUACUGGUUUUUUACUGACCAAGGCUCCUGAUGGGACACGUGGCAAAGCUUACGUCUGCCUCUUCACUUGUGCGGUGACACGCGCCAUACACCUCGAGCUGGUGCCCGAUUUGUCGACCCGUACAUUACUACAUGCUUUUCGCCGAUUCGCCGCGAGACGGUCUCUACCAAGCCGGAUGCUUUCAGACAACACAUCGACCUACCUGUCCGCUGCCGAGGAGAUUCGUGCUCUCGUCGAUACACCGGAAAUACGCGAAUACUUGGCCACACAUCGAGUACAGUGGACAUUUAUACCCGUUGUAACGGAAAUUGAAACCGUACUAAAUGACCGCCCAUUAACGUAUGUAUCGUCAAACUUGGAUGACAAUGUUGGUCUGACACCGAACCAUUUACUACACGGACGACAAGUCACAGCACUACCGUAUAUAAACGUGUCUGAUGAAGAAAUCUACGACCCGUCCUACACUCAACACGAGGAAAUUAACGACCGUUACAAACACUUGUCUCGCCUCCAUGUACAGUUCUGGACACGCUGGUCAACAGAAUAUUUGACGGCACUCCGUGAAAGACACACGACGUCUGGAAGUAAACACAACACUAUACGAGUUGGCGAGGUUGUAAUAAUUCACAGUGACAUUGAAAAGAGACUCAAUUGGCAACUUGGCACAGUUACCAAACUUAUAUACGGGAACGAUUAA